AUGGCAAAACGAAAGCGCGGCGAUGGCGAUGGCGACGAGCAGCCUGUUGACGUAGGACUUGGUGCGACACUGGCGCACUUGCGGGGCGAAACGCAGCCCGACAAUGCGACACAGACCGCUGUGAUCGAUGACGGCCAUGAAUGGGCAGUAGUAGGCGGAUCAAAGAGGAGACGGAAAGAGCGCAGCUCAUAUCUCAACAAUGGGCACAGGAGCUCGAAAUCACCCUCUUCCAAUCGCCGCCGUCGUUUGAGUGCUAGCCCUCACUCCCCUCGCGCCGAGCCAUGUCCCUCAUCAUCUGAGAAUGUUCCGCUCGAUAAUCCCUUCUUGACCACAAACAAACAGCUUGGCGGCCACCGUUCGCCCCCAGAGAACCCUUUCUCCACGUACAAGCAGGGCUUCGAGCAGUCGCCUGACGAGCCUCAUCUGGGCAGGGAAGAACGUAGGAAGGCGCGUAAGCUCGAGAGGAAUUACCCAGCCAUCGAGCAUUCGCAUCACGCUCGGCUGCAGUCCCACGUGAAAAUAACAGACCUACAGUCGUUGGUACUCUAUCUACUCACAGACGGGAAUGCUCCGCAAUGGGUGUCGGUGCGCAAUCGCACGAGUAUUCACCAGAUUGUCAUGCUGAUGGUUCCUGGGCUGGAGCUUGGCAUGUUUAAUGGCGACAUUACUCUUGACCCUGCAAUGCAGCCUAACUCUUCACAUGGUGGAGAACCAAGGAAUACUCCGGUUGAUACCACAACUACCGCGAGAGACAGCGCAAAGUCCAAGCGGUUGCAAAUAUCACCUGAUGAGUUCUACCCGGCUAGUCUUAGACAAGACAGGCUGCCUACAUCGCUGAAGUCUCUUUCCGACGUUUUCGCGCAUGUAUGGCCCAUCAAAGCCCAAGGCGAACAUCGUGCCAACCAAUAUACUAGGGUCCAUUCACCCAUUCAUACAAUGCUAACCUCACAAAUCCCAAAAUCCCAAGAAGAGAAGCAAUUGAAGAAGAGCGGGAAUCACAAAGGACCUAGCCCGCAAAACUCGCAGCACUGGGAAAACAAGCGCACACGAAUAACUGAAUACAUUGCUAGUCUUACUGAACAGCAAGAAAAUGAAUACGUACUUCAUCCAGCAUUGUUCACAACACCAGAGUCUAAAGGAGCUGCCCAUGAGAGGAGGAAACUGGCCAAGCAAACUUCCGACAAUGGUUGGGUGGACACCAAUGUCGCCAACCUUGAAGACGGAAUUGUGCCUGAAAACGAGGUUGAGCAGGGUAGUGUGACUGCCGGAAGACACAUAAUCUCCGUUGACUGUGAGAUGUGCAAGGCUGAAGACGACCAGCUUGUGCUCACACGAAUCAGUCUUAUUGAUUGGGACGGCAGCGUGGUUCUCGACAAGUUAGUCAAACCUGAUGUCACCAUCAAAGACUAUCUGACCCAGUGGUCUGGUAUCACAGCAACUAUGCUGGAGCAUGUCACGACCACUCUAGCGGACAUACAAACGGAACUAUUGAAACUCGUCACACCGUGCACCAUCCUUAUAGGACAUUCGCUAAACUCGGACCUCAAUGCGCUCAAGAUGACACACCCUUUCAUAAUCGACACUGGCAUCCUCUAUCCGCACCCUCGCGGAUCGCCAUAUAAACAGUCGCUGAAAUGGCUCGCACAGAAGUAUCUGAAGCGUGAAGUCCAGAAAGGUGCACAAGGCCAUAACAGUGUUGAAGACGCCCGCACUUGCCUUGAUCUCGUCAAACAAAAGUGCGAGAAAGGUCCACGAUGGGGUUCUGGCGACACAAACGCGGAAUCCCUCUUCAAGAGGCUAGGACGCACAACGCGACCGAAAUCGAACAACGAACCUCGUGCCGGAGCUGUGAUCGACUGGGGCGACCCAAAUCGUGGACAUGGUGGCCAAGCCCAUAUUUCUAUUGGGUGUAAAACAGACGCUGAAGUUGUAGACGCUAUCGAUCGCGCUAUAAGUGGACGAGCAGAGGGCAAAGAAGGUGCGGUGGAAAAGGUUGAUUUCGUUUGGGCGCGUUUGCGCGAGCUCGAGCUAGCUCGAGGCUGGUGGGACGAUGCGAAGACGGCUGAUGUUGAAGCUAUUCGGCAGAACGCGCUACAGAGGCUAGGACUCUUGAGGGAGGGGGAUGGUGAAGAUGUCGAGGUCAAAGGCGCCGAGCUCGGCGACGCUGUCUCCAGGACCAUUGCCCAAAUCGUGCAAAUCUACGACUCUUUGCCCCGCUGCACGGCCUUCAUCGUGUAUAGUGGCACGGGCGACCCUCGAGAAAUACGCCGUUUACAAGCAAUGCAACAACAAUACCGUCGCGAAUACGCUACGAAGAAUUGGGACAACCUCAGUGUCAAAUGGACCGACACGGAAGUUCAAGCCCUUUCAAAGGCUUGUCAAGACGCACGCAACGGUGUUGGCUUCAUCGCCGUAAAGUAA